GCUGGCGGCGCGCUCGGCCGUUCCCGCCGCCUGCCGGGCGCUCGGCGUUUUCCGUGAGCGCUCGGCGUUUUCCGUGCGGGCCGCGGCGCGCUCGGCGCUUGCUCCCUGGCUGGCGCUCCUCAGUCGGCCGCUGCCUGCCUGUCGCCGGGCUGGGAGCGCCUGUGUGUGUGUGAGUGACGCGGCGGAGGUGUAGUUUGACGCGGUGUGUUACGUGGGGGAGAGAAUAAAACUGCGGCGAGAUCCUAGGCGCGAACGAAAGCAGUGACGGAGCAGCCUGGUAACCGGUAACUAAAUGACCAUGGAAUCUGGAGCAGAGAACCAGCAGAGUGGAGAUGCAGCGGUUACAGAGGCAGAAACCCAACAGAUGACAGUACAGGCACAACCACAGAUUGCAACGUUAGCCCAGGUAUCUAUGCCAGCAGCUCACGCAACGUCGUCUGCGCCCACGGUGACCUUAGUCCAGCUGCCCAAUGGGCAGACGGUCCAAGUGCAUGGAGUAAUUCAGGCUGCCCAGCCAUCAGUUAUUCAGUCUCCACAGGUCCAGACAGUACAGAUCUCCACUAUAGCAGAAAGUGAAGAUUCACAGGAAUCAGUAGACAGUGUCACAGACUCACAGAAACGAAGAGAAAUUCUUUCCAGACGACCCUCCUACAGAAAAAUUUUGAAUGACUUGUCCUCAGACGCCCCAGGAGUGCCAAGGAUCGAAGAAGAAAAGUCUGAAGAGGAAACAGCAGCACCUGCCAUCGCCACUGUUACGGUGCCAACUCCCAUUUACCAAACCAGCAGUGGGCAGUACAUUGCUAUUACCCAAGGAGGAGCAAUACAGCUGUCUAACAAUGGCACAGAUGGAGUACAAGGUCUCCAGACGUUGACUAUGACCAAUGCAGCUGCAACCCAACCUGGCACCACCAUUUUACAAUAUGCACAGACCACAGAUGGACAACAGAUACUUGUACCCAGCAACCAAGUUGUUGUACAAGCUGCCUCCGGAGAUGUGCAGACCUACCAGAUUCGCACUGCCCCUACCAGCACCAUUGCACCAGGCGUAGUCAUGGCAUCCUCUCCAGCACUUCCAACCCAGCCAGCAGAAGAGGCCGCGCGGAAGAGAGAAGUGCGUCUAAUGAAGAACAGGCAUGUGCAUUUACAUCACCUUCUUUUCCAGUGAGCUGAGCAUAGAACUAGAGCGUUA